AUGUCUGUUACAAUAGAAAAACGUUGCUCUAUCAUAGCGUCUAUUAUUGUCGAUGUUCUUAAUUUAUGUGGACAAAUUGGGAUUUAUUUUGCACAAAAAGCAGAACAACUCGAUGAGUAUAAAAAACGACAAUUUUUCUUUAUUAUUCUUGGUAUUAGUGCAGCGAAUCUUUUCAAAUCAAUCUUUUUGAGUGAACGUAUCAAAAUAGGAAUUUCAUGUUUAAAUGAAAUCGGUGAACUUUUCUGUUAUUUACUUGUUCUUGAACGUACAUUGAUAGUUUUGAUUAUUUCAUUAACAUUCUUUGGACUUCAAUUUUUAUGUUAUCUUAUCACGUUUUAUUUCACUCAAACUGAUCAUCAGACAAAAUUGAUUGCAUAUCGAAUUGGAAUCUUCAUUUAUCGUCUUUCUAUGUAUAUUGGUACAAAUGGUAGUUCUCUCUUAACAUUAUUACUUAAUUCAGAAUCUCAAUUUCGUCAAACACUUUAUGAAAUGAGUAUAAUUAUUUCGAUUUUUUAUCUACUGUAUUGUUUGGAAAUUCAACCAUUACUGAUCCAUCGACAAAUCAAAUACAAAUUCAAAGGACAACCGGUUGGGAAAUGCCUGUCCGUUUCAAUUUCGAACAGUGUUCGAAAGAUACUAGUCGUUCUGAACGUUUGUGGACUUUUACAAUUUAUUUAA